AUGAUCGGAUACAUACUUGUAAAGCGGAUGUACAGACCCUACAUUGUGAUAGCAUUGUUCAUGUACGCCUGUCUGAUGUACCGGACUCUUGAAAAUACAUGCGUUUCAAGCGAUACUAAGACCCUUCUGGACAACAAGGACCAACAAAGGAUGAAGUCGAUGUUCGUUAAUCGCGACGCCAAGAGUGACAAUAUUUCGGAUACCCUUUCAAUGCUGAGAAAAGAGUACAAUUUGCUUGAAAAUAAACGCAUGGAUUUUGUUUCAACGCUGCAAACAAUGAUUAGUUUGUACAGAAAUACUGAUAAAGCUUUUCCAUUAAAUAGUUUCCAGUCACGAAGCCAGGAUUCGCAAUCGGACAAAGAUGUUUCCCCGAGAGAGGCUCCAGACCAUGAGACAAAAUACUUGAUAAAUUGUGAAAAUAUUCACGAAGUACAUCUUCAUUCUAAAAUUGGUCACGGUGUUUCGAAGCAAACAUUCAGAGGACAUUUUCGUGGCAAACAUGUCGCUGUGAAAAUGGUGACCCGUCAUCAAAUUGAAGUGAAGUCUUGCAUUGAACAGCUAAAUAAAUCAGACCCGGAUUUUAUCUCCUAUCGAUCAAGAUGCUUUGUAUUUUCGACAAUGAAGCUCAUGAAAGAAAUAUUGCUUCUGCAACAACUCAACCAUCCUGGAUUCGUUCGUCUGCUUGGCUUCUGUGUAAGAAACGAGGAGAGUGAUACUACGGAUUUAAACGAGAGAGGAAUAGUAAGUGUCUUUGAGUUGGGAGAAAGGCUUGUUACGUACAGCUUACAAACUCUUACUUGGAAGGAAAAGCUGAAAAUUGCGGUUGAAUUGGCAGAUUUCCUUCAUUAUCUUGAAUUUUCGCCUCUCGGUUCCUUGCGUAUAAGGGACUUUAAGGAAGACCAUUUUCUGAUGGUGAAUGGUAGUUUAAAAAUGAUUGAUUUAGACGAUGUUGAUAAUUUAGAACCUUCGUGUACGGUGUACAUAAGUAUCGACACACAAAUCCAGCAGGCAAAGUCAGGCAACCAAAACGGAUGUGAGUUUGGACUUACUUGCCAAAAAGGAAUGUGUUUAGGGUUCAAUGCCAGACAGAAUAUCAAAUUUAUGAACAGAAUAUUUUUUAAGAUCUUGUUAUUUCCGACAAUGUUUCCGGACAAGCUCUCACGCGAGGUUGGCAGUAUAUUGGCAGAUUUAGACGAUAAUGCAAUAACGGCCGGCGUGCUUUGCAACAAGUUGAAAACAAUUAAUUCUUACCAAUAA